AUGAAGAAGAUAAUAUUACUCUGUUUGGUUCUAUCAGUCACAACCUAUAUAGAAUGUGGCCUCAUCCGGGAUUUAUUUGAAAAACCGAUCGAUAAAUUUUACAAUAUGACUGAAAAAAUCCACAAGGCUAAAAUGGACGCGAUACACUCGCUGGACGAGAAAUUAGUGAAGGUUUCCCAUCGUGUCAAAAGUAUAUUUGGCGGGAAAGUGGAUGAUGGAGAAGAAAAGCAUAAUACUAUUGAUGACAAACAAUCAGAGAAAAUAAUUGACGAGAAAACUGUGGAAACAGCUGGAUGUCCAGAAGGUUCGCCAGGCGCUUUAAAUGGUUCGUGCUUACCAGAGGAAUAUAUACGAUUCGGUAAUGACAUUGAGGAAUUAAAAAGUUAA